UCCAGAACUUUGGGCGUCCACAACCGAAUCUCUUCUGCAUUGACUAUCUAUUACUCCAAGAAGAGUUUAAAAAUACAUUAUAUAACCAUGGUGAUGCUGGAUCCUGCUGUGGAACCCAAGAACGACGAGGUUGAUUCGUCGUCGAGUCCUCGGAUUCUGUGCCAGACAGUCAACCCGUCCGCUACGUCGUCGCCACCCCGCAGGCUCCGUCUUUGUAUGCUGGGAUGCGAAGACAAUCCUCCGUAUGGUCCCACCGAACACACCGGUCAGCUCUUUAUGGAAUUGAUUGUGCAGUCGUUGGCAGAAUGCGACCCGACGACAACGUGGAUCGUAUCGAUUGCCAUUUAUCGCGUCCAACAAGGCGAAUAUCCAGACGAUUGGAAUCUAUACGAUGGCAUUCUCUUGCCCGGGUCCUUUGCGGCCGCCUACGACACGGACCCCUGGAUUGAAAAACUCAAACAUGUCAUUCAAAACGAAAUUGUGGCGCAUCGUCGUCCCACCCUCGGCAUUUGUUUUGGGCAUCAAGUAUUCGCCCAUUCCUUUGAGGACGGGCAGGCUCAAAAAUAUCCGCGUGGAUCCCGGGCCGGACGGUAUGCCAUGACCACUACACCCGCGGGGGCUGCCUUGUUUGGGAAACAACACAAUUUGUAUUAUACACACGGCGACAUGGUCCAGAAACUUCCUCCCUGUGCCGUGGCUUUGGGAACCGAAGAUGAGUUGCCCGUGCAAGCGGCAGCCUACUUUGCCAGUGCAGCGGAUGCCCAAGCGUUUCCAUCCGCCAAUAAACCAUAUACCGUGACGUUUCAAGCCCAUCCGGAAUAUGGUGUGUCCCGAGACCUGGGAUUGGAUGGCACGUUGCGACGCAUCUUUCACGUCAUGACCGACAAGGAACUCAUCCAGAAGGAGUAUCAAGUGGAGAAGGAGCAGGAUGCCAUCGAAUCUUUUGAUACGGUUCAUCGACAAAGUAAGGAAGCAUUUAUUGCCUCUGCCCGAGCUCUUGGAUGGUUUCCAUGAUCCUAUUAGCUACAGGAUGAAUGAAUGAAUGAUCUUUCAGUUUUCCAUUACGUUAAGACGACAAUUUUGCACAUGCUUCAAAAGGUUGAGCAUUCCCCCACUUCCAAUUUUCCCCUUAGACGACGAUCUGCCACCGACCAACCAACCAACGGGCAGCAACCUGAAGAGAUGCGAUUGCUCAUCGUCCAUUUUUGAUUGCUGCCAAUGAUGAAGGCAUUGCCUUUUUGUUCUUGUUCGAUUUUAGCUAAUGUAUUAGAGACAGCCACACACACAAACAUUCACUGCCAUUGCUAGCUAGCUAGCUA